AUGCGCGGCUAUAAACCGGACGACAACGCGGCAAUUUUCUAUCCAUUUGGCUCGGCGGUUGGAGACAUUCAAACUCUUGUUAAUUAUGGUGGUGAAGACUCCGCUCCAGUUAACCUAGCCAGACCAUUUGUAUAUUUUGGCCGCACAUACAAUCUAAUAUAUGUCAACUAUAAUGGACUCCUUUCAUUCAACCAACCGAUAAUAGAAGAUCCUUACACUUUUCCAUCUAAUGGAAGUCAAGAUGUAAUUGCUCCUCUCUGGGCUGACUUCGAUGACUAUGGAAUUAUUGCGUUCUACUAUCAGCAGUACACAUCUGGAAAUGUCCUCACACGAGCCACAGAAGAUAUCAAACGCUAUUAUCCUGGUCUGAGCUUCAACGCUACUUGGGUCUUUGUAGCAACUUGGGACUAUGUUCAAACUUGGGAUUUAAACACAUUUUUACAGCAUUCAGCCCCAUCAAUCUCGUUUCAAGCGGUUUUAAUUUCGGAUGGUGUCUCCUCCUUUAUUCUGAUGAACUAUGGUGACAUGAGUGUGAUCAAUUAUCCAGUGGAGGCUGGAUAUGACACAAUUGGCUCCACACAUUACUUUGUCAUUCCUGGAUCAAACUAUGGCAACCUCAUCCCCAACCUCAACUCCUCAAGUAAUGUAAACACUCCAGGCCGUUGGGCUUUCUCUCUGAAUCGAGGUAGCUCUUUAGAAAACGUGGUAGGGCUUCAAAUGAAAGUUACCUCAUUUCUGAACCUAACAGACAGUGGAAACCUUGCAUUUGUUAUGCAGAAACUGAAAGAUGAGCUGGUUAAUCGUGGCAUGCCGAGUAAUGUGCGGGUGACUGCACGCAAAGUCCAGAAGACAAAGCCGUAA